AUGAGAUGCACUCAUCGAAGAACUCGAAUGUUGGGCGAAUACUGCUCAGUAAGAGACAAUUGUGUGGGUAGUUAUGGGACCAUCACUGAUGGUAUGAAUUGUGUGGCCCAUCGAUGUGUCAGCAUGACUGUUGUGGCCAACAUCAAGCAAGAAGGAAAACCAUGUCGUGGAAAAGCCCUUGAUAUCGAUCAGAAUAUCAUGUACGAUUGUGCCGGCCCAGACUAUGAAUGUGUCACUGAGGCUCAAACGAUACUCAAUAAUGGUCAAAAUUGUACCGCAGUACCAGAAACAACCAUCUGUGCCAAUGGUUUGGUGUGUAAGAAAGAAUCUCCCACAUCCACCUACAAAUCAUGUCAAAUUCCUUCCUUGUAUGGAGAGUAUUGUGAGUCAUCCUCAGAGUGCUACAAAUUACCAGUACUUCAAAUGAGAUGCAGCAAGAACAAGUGCAUUCGAAGAUAUUCUCAAUUCGAUGGAGCAGACUGUGAGAGUCAUCAAGAUUGCUACUCGGGUUAUUGUCAACCCUCCAUUCGAAAAUGUUCAAGUCCAACGACCUUGACUUGUACGACCACUACUCCAUGUCCAUCAGGAACUGAUUUCAAAUGUGGUUGUGGUGGAUUUUCGAGUGCUUCUCCAUUCAAUGGAACUUGUGUGGCACCAUGCAAUGGAUAUCAACAAGACUUUUUAUCAUGUGCCUAUAACAAUGGUUUAGAUGAAUUGGGAUCUAGUUAUGCCGUAUCGCAUCAUUUUCAUCCCAUUGACACCAAUUCGACCAUUUUCACCAAAUUAUGUCAUCGUGAAUAUAGAAAUUUAUUGAAAUGCUAUAUGAAGGCUUGGAAAGAUGCCAAUGUCUAUGAUGGAGAGAAUAGUCUUCCAGGUUUUGACUUGAGUGGACCUUUGGAACAACCAACCUCUGUAGUGUUACCUGUGGUGGGAAGAAACAUUUCCUCUCCAUCACCACAGACAAGUGCUCAGAUUAGUCAUGCAACCUCCAUGACCAAAGGAGGAGUUCUUUUUUUGGUUAAUUUAUUGGUGGCUGUAAAUGUUUUGGUCAUUUCACUGUGGUUUUUGUUGUAA